AUGGGGAGACCAGCAGGUCGCAUUUUUCAACGAGUUUUGAGGAGUUUGUCGGAUUCAAGCUGGGGAAGCCCACCUGGCCGAGAGCGGAAGUUCUGGACUGAGGUGGUGAAGGAGGACCUGAGAACACUCGGCUUGGAUAGGCAGCUCAGGCAAGGCGUAAGGUUUCGCAGGAUAUGUAAUAGCGAUGAAUGGAUUGAUUUCAUGCAAGCUCUCCCAGAAGAUCGAGAAAGUUGGGCAGAGCUAUGUUCAAGGACGACAUACCUCAGCGAAGAUGCGGGUAAUAGCGUCAGACGAUGA